GCCAAUUUAGUAGUAUUUCGUAGAUGUACGUUGAACGGUAAAUAUUUCUGAUCGGGUGUAACUGGAGGAUCGGAUAGACAAAUUAUUGCAAUAUUCCACACACCCAUGUGUAACUAAAGGACCUAUUCACUUUCUGGAUGCAGCACUUGCAAAAUACCUCACAAACGUGAUAAAACACUCCGUCAUAGGCCAAAGAUAGUACAUUGGACUCCAGCCAAGAUUCAAUGAAGGCAGUCUGACGUACGCCGGCUUGACAUAUUUCGACAUGAGUGAAAUACAGCUAGCAAGAUCCUUGCUUCCCUCACAGGUGAAGUUAGAAAUUGCUGAUGAAGGACUUGACAGUGAAGGAGAUCAGGAAUCUGAUCGAAUCCCUUUCUCAGAAACUACAAAUAAUCAACCACUCUCAGACAUUGACAGAAUCAACAGAUUAGUGAAGAAUAAAAACAAAGAAAACAAAGACAGUCCAAAGCGAGUGUCAUCUCCGCGAGCAAAAUUAAGACAGUCAUUAAUUACCAAUGUCAAACCAGAAGAAUCUUCUAGUUCUACAGAACGUUCUGUAACACCGACCCCAGAAUCUGAUGAUAUCCAAGCACCCUUAACACCUACUGCUAAUCUUAAGAUGCUUUUCAGUGCAAUGAGCCCAGAAAUUAGAAGUCGAGACAAAAGAAAAGAAUUGUUUCAUGAAGAGCCCAUUCAAGACAAAAACAAAUCUGUGCAAGUUGAUGAACUUGAAAUUGAAGGAGAUGCCUGUCCAGAUUUAGAUGGAGAAAGUUGGAAACCUGGAUCAAGAAAAGAAAAAUCACUAGGACUUUUAUGUCAAAAGUUUCUCCAGAAGUAUAAAGAGUUUCCAGGGAUAAACGACAGCAGUGAAAUAUCUCUUGAUGAAGUUGCGAAAGAAUUAGCUGUUGAGCGGAGGAGAAUCUACGAUAUUGUUAAUGUCUUGGAAAGUGUUGAAAUUGUCAGCAGGAUUGCCAAGAACAAAUAUGCCUGGCACGGGAAGACUAAUCUGAUCAACACGCUGGGAAAGUUGAAGGCGUUGGGUGUUGCGGAGGGUUUUGAUGAGCAGCUCAGGAAUGUGAAGGACUAUGAAUUGAACCGUGAACUUGAAGAACAGAUAAACAGCAAGGAUGCUGACCUCAAAGAAUCUGGUUUAAAAGGCAAGGGUACCCCAGCUGGUGGAACAGCUUUGAUGAGGAAGGACAAGUCACUUGGAAUCAUGAGCCAGAAAUUUCUGAUGUUAUUUCUUGUUUCCCAGCCAAAGACAGUAAAUCUGGAUUUAGCUGCAAAGAUUUUAAUUGGUGAUCCAAAUGUAGACCGGACAGAAAAUUCCAAAUUCAAAACAAAAAUCAGACGAUUGUAUGAUAUUGCCAAUAUUCUCACUAGUCUGGAUCUCAUCCGUAAAGUCCAUGUCACAGAAAUACGAGGACGUAAACCAGCCUUCAAAUACAUCGGCCCAGAUGUAGACAACUUGAAGGACAUAAGUGUUUGUUACAACGAUGGAUAUCACAGACCCAGUUCACGGCAUUCACUGCUGGAUUGUGUCAAAAAUCAGCAUGUUGCUGAUUUGGUUGGUCCCUACAAACCCAUUAAACCUAGCUUUCCCCCAACACCUAGUGCUUCUGAUGGUGACCAAAGCACCUCAUCAACUCCAAGUCCUGAUAUUCCAGGCCUGAAGAAGUCUUCCUUCCGGCGCAAUUCCUCCUUCGAGCAAAUCUGCCAAGUAGCAGAGAAGGAGCGCCACAGACUGUAUGCUUCCAUGUCACAACCUACUAGUCCAACUUGUGAACAGCCCGAGGAUGAUUUCCCCAAGAGCUUAAGUCAGGAAGAUGUACAUCAGAAUUCCAAGAGGCAGAUCAAACCAAAGGGAAAACAUAUCAUUCUACAACAAACAAAUGGCGAGUUUAAAAUAGUCAACUCCGAUGGCACUGGACCGGCCGUCACUCACAAACUCCCAGUACAACCGGUCACCACGAAAAUGGUCAGUAUUGCCAUGCCAAAGGAAUCGAGCAAAGACAUGCCAAACCAACCGGUGGCUGAGACAAUUGUUGUGAAAACAUCACAGAUUAAUCAGAAACAAGCCACCUUGAUCCCCCUAACAAAGGAUCAGAUUGAUGCUGUGCUAAAAUCUCUCAAAGUGCCAGUUCCUAUCAACAAAAAUUUGAAGAAGCCUGGAGAAUUUCAGGAAAUCGUAGAUUCUUCAAAUUCAGCAACAGUGCUUGAAAAACCAAAAACAAUUGUGUGUUCUAUGGAAACGAUUGUGUGUUCUCUUGACAGUGCUAAUAAUAACAAGAGGCCGCACAGUGGCAGUCCAGACAUGGAUCCUUCAAAAAGGAUCCGUAUUGAAUAUUCCACUCCUCCAUCGGACAACGACUCUACAUGUGACAUUUCAAGUGAAUCUACCUCUCCAGUUGUCCAGCAAUCUCAGGUGAAGCAAUGCAUCGGCAGUAAUAUGCAACAAAUAGCUGUUCAGUUGCCGAACCAAUCGCCAACCAUACUCCAGUUUCCCACUGGACACAUGACCCAGACCUCUGAAAACUGUCAUAUUGUCCACACCCCAAAGAUGAGCCAGUCUAACAUGUCAAACCUCACCCCACAGAUGCAAAUUAUCCAGGGCGUUCCACUCAGUGCCUCCGGUGUUCAGGGACAACCCAUCAACUUCAUGGUACCAAUCACAUUCAGUCCACCGCUUACUCCACAGAGCGGAUCCUCUAGUCCGACUAUGUUCUCGUUCCCAACCACUCACACUAACCAAUGCACCUUCUCAACUGUGGAACAGCUACAGAGCAUGUCCAUGGCAUCAGCAAAACUGACCAGUCCUGUUCCUGUGACCAAUCAUAGUUUAUUGACACCAACCGAAAGACCAAUACUAUCAGCCUCCCAAUUUAUUACACCAACAGAGAGACUGCAGGUUCCGUCCUCCAAAUUCUUCGGUUACACUCCCGGUGGAUUCCUGAGCGGAAGCCCAUCCGUGUCCAUUAUGCCCUCAAUGACCAAAGAGAUCUCAAGUUCCACGGCAAGGAAACUUGAUCUCCCAGAUAUCGCCAGUGUCAACUGUUAAUAGUGCAAAGACAAUUUACCAGUAGUUAUUAUUAUUUGUGUCUACGAGAUUUUGCUUGGUGCAUGGAUUUACAAGCUUGUGAAAAGGAAUUCUUCAGAAUAGAUGUUAGUUUUCAGUUGUGUGUGAUUUUAUUGUUUUAUGAUUGAAUGAUUUUGAUUGUCCGAUAUUUUUAUGCAUUUUGUUAAUUAUUAACUAUCCGAGAGUGUACAUGCAAUGUGUAGAAGGAAAUAGUUCAAGUGCCGGAAUGUUGUCAAGAAUGACGAUGUGCACGUGUGUGUAUAUAUGUUGAUGUAUUUUAUUCAGCUGUAUAAGUGGGCAGUAUAUAUGCAAGGCAUGGUAAAGAUAGCUAGUCUAUCUCGAGUCAUGUUGUCUGUUGAGAAUUAAUUAUAAUCAAACAGGAAAAUGGUGUGGAUGUUUAAAUGAAUUUUAUUUUUAUUUUUUAUUUUUUUAAAGUGAGAUUUUUAAGUAACUAGAAAAAUUCCAUGGAGUUGUGUAUGUAGAAUGACCAGAAAACAAUGCUCAGAGAUAAGUUAGCAACACUGUGAUACCAUCCAACACUAUUUUAGUUUGUUAGGUUUUUUUAAUUAAAAAUUUUUAAUUUCAUUCCUUUAUGAUUGAUUUUUUUUUUAAUUCAUCUCCAUCAUCAUCGUAAAUUAUGAUUCAUUGUUGUCAUCACUUCUCCUUGGUUCAAUGUUUUUUUGGUUGUUGCGUACCUUAUGAAUUAUCACUUGUUGCAUUCAAUGUAUGUUAUGAAUAUUCAUUAGCUCAUUAGUGCCAGAUUUUUGUAUUUAUAUUUCACAGAAAUAUAUAUAUCAUCAAUUUCAAUCAUUUGCAUCCAAGAUAUGGUAUCAAGAAUGAUUAAGUAUUUUUAAAACUAUCUCGAGUCACUACAAUUCAGAAUUGUUAAGUUUUUAAUAUUUUAGGUUUUUUUAAUGUAUUAAUUAAUGCAUCUGUGCCUAAUAUCAAUUUUGCUAUAAACUAAUUUAAAACAUGCACAGAAUAUUUUGUAUAUAUAUUAUUAUCUGUACAGGGAAACCUCCACCUAAUAUAAUAAACUAUUUAAUGAUAUCCUA